AUGGCUCUACUAACGCCGCUAUUCGCUUUCCUGUACCACCUCCCGCAGGUGUACAAGUGGCUGUUGAAGCCUUACUAUGUAGCUUCUCUUUUCAUGUCCAUAGCCUUCCUAGCUGUUCGCAAGACGCCUGGCAUCUGCGACCAUCUGGCCACACAGCGAGAGGACGGCAACUCCUGCGACUUUGACUGGAGAGAGGUGGAGAUCCUCAUGUUCCUCAGUGCCAUCGUCAUGAUGAAGAACAGACGAGCAAUAACUGUGGAGCAGCAUGUGGGCAACAUCAUCCUGUUCAGCAAAGUGGCCAAUGUCAUUCUGUUCUUCAGACUGGACAUCAGGAUGGGACUGCUCUACCUGACACUCUGCAUAGUGUUUCUGAUGACCUGUAAGCCUCCUCUCUACAUGGGACCAGAGUACAUCAAAUACUUCAGUGACAAAACCAUUGAUGAUGAGCUGGACAGAGACAGCCGCGUGACGUGGAUCGUUGAAUUUUUCGCCAACUGGUCUCCAGAGUGCCAGUCAUUCGCUUCUGUGUAUGCUGAUCUGUCUCUCAAGUAUAACUGUGCCGGCCUCAAGUUUGGUAAAGUGGACAUAGGACGUUAUGGAGAGGUUUCCAAAAGGUACAAGGUGUCUGCGUCUCCACUGUCCAAACAGCUUCCCUCCCUCGUCUUGUUUCAGGGAGGGAAGGAGGUGAUGCGGCGCCCCCAGGUGGACAAGAAGGGUAGAGCUGUGUCCUGGAGCUUCACUGAGGAGAACAUCAUCCGAGAGUUCAACCUGAACGAACUCUACCAGAAAUCCAAGAAGCUCAACAAGACCAAAGGAGACAAGAUCAGCCAAUCACAGUUCCCACCGGUCAUCGAGGAGGAGGAGCUAGAGCAGCAGGGAGCUGAUGAACAGGGGCCUGAGUCUGAAUCCAAGAAGGACAAAUAAUUUGGUUGGUAUCACUCAGCUGGGACUUCUGGACAGAACUUGUGGCUCUUCUUUUCUCUUCCCUUCAAAGUGUUCAUCUGUUCGCUGGUGAAUCAGAACAAGCAGGACUGGUGUUCAGUGUGGAUCAUGCUGUCUCCUCCCCAACCUUGCCUGCACCUGUUGUUUCUUUCUGAGAAUUUAAGAAGAGAAUUUAAGUUUCCAGAGUAAUUCUGCCUUUCUCCAUCACCAUUUAAUACUAAACUAAACCUCCUUUAAAUCCAGUAGUUUGACAGAGGUGCAGCUAAAGUGACUUCAGUCUGUUUUCCCUUCAUUAGAGAACAAAUAGAAUGAGUGUACACUUUAAAGAGGGAGCUAACCUGGAUACAGUAAACCAGCUUUUAAGGGGGGUCGAUAUGUUAAGACCUGGUCCAGUAUAUGAGUUUGGGGCCUGGAAAUGUGCUGUGCAGACCUGCCACUUUCACCAGGUUAUGAAAGUCAACACAGCACAUUUCUUAUGGUUACAGCUGUGAAGCCUGCUGAUUGAUUGAGGAGAGGCACUUGAGUUCUUACUAAUGAACAGUAAGGGAGCAGUGAAUGUGAUACUAGGGUUUUUUUUUGUUUUUUUAAAUAAUUCUACGACUAACUGUAUAUUCAUGUAAACUAAGUUAUAGCUGAGUGGUUGGCUGCUCUGACAUACACUUCAUCUGCAGUGUUAAACAGUACAUUCAGGUUUGUGGUUUUGGUUGGAAGUGAGGGACACAUCAACACGUCCCCUGAUGUUCCUCAAGUUUAAUAAUGGUUGGACAGUGUCCCUGUUCUUCCUUAUGAAUUAGUGCUAUUGUGAACAGACCACCCUCAACUCUGACAUUCAAGCUUCUCUGACCCAACAUUCCAUUGAUUUCAAUUAAUUUUAUUUUUACAGAUUGUAACUCUUUUUUAUUGUAUUGUUUUAUUCUUAGUCUUUGCCUCACCAACAGAGAUGAACCUGGCUGUCCUUAGCUUUCUUCUUACAUGGCACGUUGUCUAGAUUCACGCAACACUUUCAUUGCUAACUUGCAAGACCUUUUUUACUUGGAAUCACAAUCAGGUUUUAUACUGAUUAGGCUGCAUUUUUUGACCACCUUAAUUCUUCUGUUAUUCUCUUGUUCUCUCUGAAACAAGCAGUGCAUGAGUUUCAG